AUGGUUCGUAUCGUUUUUACUGGUGGUUCAGGAAAGGCUGGCAGACACGUUGUCCCCUAUUUGUUGGCUCAGGGUCACAAGGUUUUGAACCUCGACUUAGUUCCUUUUCCCGAUCCUUCUGCCAAGGUCUUUACUUUGCGAACCGAUCUGACAAAGUCAGGCGAGGUUUUCAACGCUCUCACCAAUCAUUUUAACUACGAGGGAUUCUCAAUUGAGGGACCUCCUCCUGGUCCUCCUGAUGUUGUCAUUCACUUUGCAGCCAUUCCUGCUGAUAAUGUCGUUCCCGACAACAGAUGUUACGAAAUCAACACUAUCUCUACUUACAAUGUUAUUGAGGCAGCUUGUAAACUAGGCGUCAAGAAGAUUAUUAUCGCCUCGUCCGAGACUACUUACGGUGUUUGUUUCUCCCAAGGAGACACUGAUUACCAUAGCUUCCCACUUGAGGAAGACUAUGACACUGAUCCUAUGGACUCUUAUGCUCUUUCCAAGGUUUGCAACGAAAAGACUGCUCGUGGUUUUGCUCGCAGAUUUGGUAAUGACAUUUAUGCUCUAAGAAUCGGCAAUGUUCAAGAGCCCCAUGAUUAUGUCAAUUUCAAGAGGCAUGUUGAGCACCCUGAAACUAGGAAGCGUAAUGCAUGGUCGUAUAUCGACGCCAGAGACCUUGGGCAAAUCUGUCACCUGGCAAUUCAAAAGAGCGGUCUUGGAUUCCAAGUUUUCAACGCUACUAAUGAUACUAUUACAACCAAUAUCCCUACAGCUCAAUUCCUGAAGCAGGCUUGUCCCAAUGUCCCAAUCACUCGCGAGUUAGGCGAGUGGGAAGCCCCUCUCAGCAACAGAAAGAUCAGAGAGGUUCUUGGUUUUAAGGAGGAGCACAACUGGAGAAAAUAUGCUAACUUAGACUGA